ACGCGCUUUGCGGUACCUUGUCGACAGAUGCUGCGGUCGUGUAUAUACACCAUCGCGAUCGUCAAAUACGUGCUCUCGGGCGCCUACUGCCUCAUUCUCGGGUAUCUCGUGGGCUUCUCGCUCACAACCGAGCAGCUUGCAGUCCAAGUGUUUGCGGGCCCAACGCUGACCGCGCCGCUCUUUUUUGGCUUUGCGUUGUUGAAUCUCGCUGGCAUUUUCGAUAUUUUGCUGCCGCGCUACUGCCGACGCCGGACCGUGUCGUCUUGGCGCUGCAACGUCGAGUGGCUGCCGUCGUUUGGCUUGCUCAGUGCGCCGCGGCUCGCGCUGCAAGGUCUCGUGACCACCGCGCAGGUGCUGCAGGCCUAUUACCUCAGCGAACGCGCAGUCAACACGCAACUCGCGACGAUCAAUGCGAUUUUGGUCGGUGUCUCGGCGGUGUCGAGUCCGCUCCUGCUCGUGUUUGCGGCGUCGCACCCCGACCGAAAGCACUACUACCUCCUCUUUACGAGUCUCUCGAGCUUCCUGCUUGCGACCGGCUUUGCGCUUGCAUUUGUUGUCGUGCCCGUCGGCUACGUCCAAGUGUACGACCUCAAGGCCAUCAACUCGCUUGCGUGGGGCACCGAGUACACGCUCCUUAUCCGGUACCUCGUGCCAAACUCGCCAUUGGAUUUACUAGAGAAAAUGACGCUGCGUCUCGCGAGCUGGGUCAACGUCCAGCGCCUUCUUCGCGUGGUCACGCCCGAUGUGACGCCCACGGUGGCGGCGACAACUACGUUGAGCUUUAGCCCGGUGGGCCCGUCUCUCGCUGCUGUCAAGCGCGCUGUGGACCGUCCACGCCGCCGACUUCUCGCCGUCUACGUUGCACUCCACAUGCUACUAGGCGUGGCCGUUGCGGUGUAUGCUAUCGUACACGCCUGUCGAAAACCGACCUGUCCGAGCGGUUGCCGCCUGGCGACCGCACCGUGGUUUAGCCAAGGGUGUCACUGUACCUACUACCACCUCGAAUGUGUGGACCCUGACGCGCCCGUGCUGUUAUCCCCCGACGCUCUCGGCCCCGACCUUUUUCACAUUCAGUUGACCGGGUGUCGACUCAAGCACGGGUUGGACCUCUCGCUCUUGGCGCCAUUCCACGGACUCUUCGGCCUCACGAUUGAGUUUUCGAAUCUCACCGACUGGAGUCUCGGCCCGGUCGGGUGGCCCGACCAGAUCAUGGCCGUCAACGUUCGCUACUCCAACCUCUCGAGUAUACCGCAAGCCUUGACGACGCUACCGGCGCAGUGCAGGACGCUGACCAUUGCGGGGAGUGCGCAUCUGGACACGCUACCAGCGUCGCUCGUGUCGUCGUGGCGCCACGUGGGCUCGUUGGUUCUCAACAGCAACCAGCUGACCGAUGUGCCGAGCUGGCUGAGUGGGCUCACGGGCCUCGAGGUGCUCGUGCUCUCUGGCAACCAGAUACAGACCGUUCCCGACGCGAUGCUAGAAGCGAUGCCAUCGCUCACCUUUCUCAAGCUAGCCCAAAACAACCUCACAGCGUUUCCGACGGACCUCUUUGCAGCAAGACCCGAGCUGGACAUGGAUCUCAGCAACAACCCGAUCGCUCCCCUCCCGAGUCUCCCGUCAGCGCUGACGCGCGCUAUCAGCUCGGGAGCAGUUGUUCUGGACGGCACACCGCUCUGUGCUGCGCUCGGAAAUGUUUGCAGUGGCAGCUGCUCGCCGAGCUGCUCCCGGUCCGAGCGCGGCGACCGUGUGUGUCAACUCAACUGCUUUGACGAAGCGUGCGCGUGGGACCUCGGCGACUGCGCGGGCGGUGGUUCGCAGUGAAAGAAACCUCUAUGGAGGGAUGAAGCGCUGAGUACAAUAAUGUCAUCCACCAUAAUGCAAGGUAGUUUUGAU